GCUCCGCUCCUCUCCCGCCUUGCUCCGUGCGAACUUUUUCCGGCUGUUGUGCCGGGCCCCGCUGCCCACCUGGCCGCCGCCGAGGCGGGCUGCGCCGCCGGGGGCAGCCCGGCCCUUCGCGGGGAGCCGGCAGGAGUACCGCCGCCAGCCCCACGCGUGUUUUCGUCCGCGGAGCAGGCGGCGCCCGGGGCGCGGUCCCCGCCGUGCCCAGCCUAGCCCUCCCCUCCCCUGCCCUCCCCUGCCCUGCCCUGCCCUGCCCUGGCCCGGGAGCGCUGCCCGCGGCUCCCCCGGAGCGACAGCGACCCCAGAACCCGGGGUGGUGGCCCUUGGGCUGGGGCGACUGGUUCGGGUUUGGCUUGGUGGUGGGGUUUUUUGGGGUUUUGUGGGAUCUUUUCGUUUGUUUGUUUGUUUCUGCCUUCUUUUCUUCUUCCCUAGAUGUUCCACUUUAAAGCUCUUGAAAAUUGGUUGCUUUUCAUCGCAGGGCUUGGCAGCGUUUUAAAGGAAUGAAAUUAGACGCUGGGUGCUGCCGGGGAGGCGUUUUGGGGAGCUCAGCCGUUGAUGGAAGAAGUGGUACCAAAGUGGCCAUUAAGAAAUUGUACCGGCCGUUUCAGUCUGAACUCUUUGCCAAGCGAGCGUACCGAGAGCUGCGCCUCCUGAAACACAUGAAGCACGAAAACGUCAUUGGAAUAUUGGAUGUGUUCACACCAGAUGUAUCGCUGGAUAAGUUUAAUGACUUCUACCUUGUCAUGCCGUUUAUGGGAACAGACUUGAGUAAGAUAAUGAAGCAUGAAAAACUAACUGAAGACCGGAUCCAGUUCCUGGUAUAUCAGAUGUUAAAGGGCUUAAAGUAUAUUCACUCAUCAGGCAUAAUUCACAGGGAUCUAAAGCCUGGAAACUUGGCAGUAAACGAAGACUGUGAAUUGAAGAUUCUGGAUUUUGGAUUGGCAAGGCAUACAGACAGUGAGAUGACCGGUUACGUGGUUACAAGGUGGUACAGAGCCCCAGAGGUCAUACUUAACUGGAUGCAUUAUACGCAAACAGUUGACAUCUGGUCUGUGGGCUGUAUAAUGGCUGAGAUGAUAACGGGCAGGCCUCUGUUCAAAGGAAAUGAUCAUCUGGACCAGCUCACAGAAAUAAUGAAAAUAACAGGUACACCAACUCAGGAUUUUGUUCAAAAACUGCAGAGUCAAGAUGCAAAAAACUAUAUCAAAAGCCUCCCCAAAGUCCAGAAAAAAGAUUUUGCAUCCAUCCUGAAGUAUGCAAAUCCUUUGGCUGUAAACCUUUUGGAGAAGAUGCUGGUGCUGGAUGCAGAGAAGCGAGUCACGGCAGCUGAGGCUUUGAUGCAUCCUUACUUUGAACCAAUUCAUGAUCCUGAGGAAGAAACUGAAGCCGAGAAAUAUGACGACACAUUUGAUAACAUGGAUCUUCCGCUAGAUGAGUGGAAGCGCAUUACAUAUAAAGAGAUACUGAACUUCAAGCCAACACAGACAUUGGAGUCGAAGGAGACAGCGGUGUAAUUGUAUGACUCGGUGUUUUCAGAACUCAGAAGAAAGUGGGAAAGUUGUAAAUGUUUGUGAUAUUUCAGGUGUAUAAAUCUUCUAUAAAUAAACUGGAUGUAAUCUGUUUCAUCUGCACUGUAAGAAA